CUACCGCAUCCAGAAUCACAACCACAGAAAGAAUUAACACCACAAAUAGAAUUACCAACACAGACAGAAUCAUCACCACAGAUAGAAUCACAGCAGGGACCAGAACCACAACCAGAACAAGACUCAGAAACACAGUUAAAAUCACAGGCAAAUAUAGAAUCACAAGAUAAUGAGAAUGUGAUACAACCUGCAUCUACACCAGAAAAAUCAUCGAUGAACCAUGAAACUAUAAAAAAAAUCACAGAAAAGGGACUUUUACAUGAUUUCUAUAAACUGCAUCUUUCAUCUUUUUAUAAAAACCUUACUUAUUAUGGACAGCGUUUAUAUGGAAGUACAUCAACUAGCUUAACAAAAGGUUAUUCUGCAUUUAAUGAGUUUGUUGAUUAUUUAAUCACUCAACCAAAUAAAGUAAAUGUUACAUUACCAUCAGUUGAUAAUAACAUUCAACCCAAAGACUCGGGAAGUGAUUCGACUCCCUCUGAUGAUACAUCAGAAACACUCUCCCUUUCAUCGACACAAGCUAGUGACAAAAAAGCUGAAGGUGGAAGGCAAGAAAAUAAACCUGGAGGUAAAGACCAAAUAAAUGAAACUGAAAGUGAAGGCAAAAUAAGUAAAGCUGAAGAAUCAAUACCAAGUUUAACUCCUAAAGAGUCCACAGAGGUUUUUAUCAAUAUAACAUCUGAUCAACAAAUUGAAAAACUUCCUUCUAAAACCAAGGUAGAUAAAAUCAAGGUAGAAAAAGGCAUAUUUGAAAUAGGAUUUCCAGAAGGUGUAUUUAAAGGAUACAAAUUAGUUGCAUAUUCAGUUAUAAUUAUUGCUAUACCCAUUAUUUUAGCACUUAUGUAUAAGUAUUUUCCAUUUGGAUGUAGAAAGGAAUUGAAGAAAAAAAAAAACAUGAAAAAGGUUAUAAAUAUGUUUGGUGUAAAUGAAGCGACAAAAAGAGUUAUAAACACAACUGAUCGAAAAAAACAAGUGCAAAUAAUUAUAAAUUCAUCUACUCAAAAAAAACAGAAUAAAAAGUUUACAAAUUCAUCUACUCAAAAAAAGCAGGAUGAAAGACUUACAAAUUCAUCUACUCAAAAAAAGCAGGAUGAAAAGCUUACAAAUUUAUCUACUCAAAAAAAGCGGAAUAAAAAGCUUAAAAAUUCAUCUACCCAAAAAAAACAGGAUAAAAAGGUUACAAAUUCAUCUACUCAAAAAAAGAAGACUAAACAGUUUAUAAAUUCCAUUUAUUGGGAAAAAUAUCCAUUAUUAAAUAUACAUAAACUUAUGAAGACCGAUUCUGUACCAUUUGUUAUUUUAUUUUUGUUUAUUUUUUAUGUUUAUAAAAAAAAAGGCUAUUGUUUAGAAUAA